AUGUCAAUACAAAAUCCUAAAGAUAUAAUCAGGCUUUAAUUUGAAUAUCAAAACUUAAUUAGUAAAUAUUAAAUGUUAGAAUAAUUAUGUAAAAAGUAAGCAACUGAAUUACUUUAAUUAAAAAAGCAAAAUGAACAUGCUAAAAUUAAUGCAGAAAAUUAAGAAUGUGGAAAAUGUAAGAAAUUAUAGUUUUAAAUCGAUUAAUAAAAAUAAGAAAUUUAAGAAUAGAAAAAGGAAAUGCAUCAAUUUUAAAAUACAUUGAAUUAAAAGAAAAUUCAAUUUGAUGAAUUUCGAGAAUAAGUUUAAAGUGAAAUGUAGAAUAGAAUUAAAUAAUUUGAGAAUUUAAAUUAAGAAACUCUUGAACGUUUAGAUAGAGUUCAAAAAGAUAAUUCGCUUUUUGAAAUUUUAUUAAGAGAAAGAGAUUUAAGAAUAGAAUAAUUAAACUAGGUUAUAUAUAAUUAAGAAAAAGAACUAUAACAAGAAAGUUAAGAAGAUAAUACUUGGAAAAAGAAAUUUAUAACAAUAAAUAAAGAUUAUCAUAAACUCUUAUCUGAAUACAAUUCCAUAAAAGCUGAUUUGGAUGCUAUGUAUGUGAGUUAAAGUAAAUGA